AUGGCCUAUGACCGCUAUGUUGCCAUCUGCCACCCCCUGAUCUAUGGACAGAAGAUGAACAAUCAGCUCUGUAAGGAGCUGGUGUUAGUUUCCUGGGGCCUGGGCAUUCUCAGUGCACUCCUCAACACCAUUCCAGCUAUGAAGUUGGACUUUUGUGGGGACGAGUCUAUACCCCACUACAGCUGUAAGCUGCCCUCUCUCUUCCCUCUGUCCUGUUCUGAGGUAUCUACCAAUCUUACAGUCCUGCUCUGCUCUGGUAUCCUCCAUGGAAUUAGAAACUGCUUCCUAAUUUUUUAUUCCUACAUCCCUAUUGUCUCCACCAUCCUGAGCAUCAGCUUCUCCUCGGAUAGAAGCAAGGCCUUCUCCACCUGCUCCUCCCACCUCAUAGUAGUGCUCCUACAUUUUGAUUCAGCCUUUCUUUGUUAUCUACUGCCAGUCUCAGUCUCACCAUUGGAAUUGAUCUUCUCUGUACAGUACAGUGUCAUUACUCCCUUGGUGAAUCCCCUCAUCGAUAGCCUGAAAAACAAUGAGGUGAAAGCAGCUGUGAGAAGGGCCUUGAGAAAAUAUUUCCACUACAUCAGGUAG